AUGGACCUUGAAAAAUGCAACUGUCUAGGCUCAACAAACAAAAACAUUUGGUCAAGUUACGAGAGAGUUGGCCAUGACCCUAUUGUAUGUGUCAAUGAAUUUAUGAGCAAAAUCAAGAUAGCAAGAUUGAAAACACUAUGGAGGAAGAUCAAGAGAGAAAAGAAGAGAAGAAUUCUUAGAUCAUCCUCACCUGUGUUUUUAUAUGAUCCUAACUCAUAUUUACAGAAUUUUGAUGAUGGUUAUUUCAAUGAUCCUGAUCAUUUUUCAUGUUCGUUCUCGGGUCGAUUUGCAGCACCAAGCUCCAAAAUGUUUGUGAAGAAUAGUGAAGUGAUGAAUGAUGAAGAAAUAUUGGAGAUGAAUGAUGAAAGAUAG